GGCGCGGGGCCGGUGGCGGAGCCGCGGGACGGAGCGGGGGCCCCGCCGCCCCCGGGCGAGCCGGGCAUGGAGCGACGGCCGCGGGCUGCUGCCGCCGGGCUGGGCACCGGGCUGCGCCUCCCGCCGCACUGAGGCAGCGACGAGUCCCGAGGCGAAGCGAGGCGGGCCGAGCCCGAGGCGAGCCCCGCGGUCUGUGCGAGCCCGGCUUAAGCGGCAGCGGCGGCGGCUUCUCCCGGCGGCCUCCCCGGGGCUGCGCUGGGAGGGGGCCGCGGAGCCGCCCCCGCCUCCUCCCCUCCCCUCCGCUUCCCUCCCCUCCCCUCCCCUCGCCCAGCUUGGGCAGCGGUGGGCGGGCGGCAUGAGCGCGGCGCCCUGAGGGACCGGCGGAGCCCCGAGGGACCGGCGGAGCGCGGCUGCCCCCGAGCAGCAUCCCGUGGGAGCCGCGGCGGCGGAUCGCACUCGGCUGGGACCUGCCAUGACUCCCCUGGCUCCUCCCAUGGCAUGAGCCCGAGCUCUCCUCCCCGCUCCGCCUGCUUUUGGUCUCUCCUCGCUCCCGGGCUGUCAGAUGGGAUAGGACACACCCGGGCGUGCGGGGCUCGGGGGAGCGGCGGUGGCAACCGGUGACGGCCGUCGGCUCGAAGGGAGUCGAAGAUGAGCUGGCGGUGGGCUCGCCAGCACUGGAACGGCGGCUCCUCCGUGCUGCUGCUGCUGCCGCUGCUGCUGUGGCACGGCCGCGUCCGGCCGGCCGGCGCCGACAACGCGAGCCAGGCGUACUACACCGCGCUCAUCAACGUGACCGUGCUGAGCCCCGAGCGCGGCGGGCCCACGCUGCUGCGGAUCGACCGCGGCCGCUACGGGCAGGACUCCCCCAAGGUGGAGGUCAAGGGGCUGCUGGUGGCUCCCGUCCCCAUCAACGGAGUUGCAGAUCGUCUGGGCUGUGACCCUCGAACACGUUUCCAGGUUCCACCGAACACCAAGCAGUGGAUUGCUCUACUACAGCGAGGAAACUGCACAUUUAAAGAGAAAAUACUGCGAGCAGCUUCACAUAAUGCCACAGCUGUGGUCAUUUACAACAAUAUAUCCAGUGAAGAACCUGUCACCAUGACUCAUCAAGGAACUGGAGACAUUGUUGCUGUGAUGAUUACAGAAUCGAAGGUUAAGGAGAUCCUGAAUUACUUGGAAAAGAAUAUCUCUGUCCUGAUGGGAAUAGCAGUGGGGUCCCGUGUUCCUCCGAAAAACUUCAGUCGGGGCUCUCUAGUCUUUGUGUCAAUAUCAUUCAUUGUUUUGAUGAUAAUUUCUUCAGCAUGGUUAAUAUUUUACUUCAUCCAGAAGAUCAGGUACACAAGUGCACGUGACAGAAAUCAGCGUCGUCUUGGAGAUGCUGCCAAGAAAGCCAUUGGUAAAUUGACAACCAGGACAGUAAAGAAAGGUGAUAAGGUAUAAUAAUAAGAUUUCAACACAAUAAACUUU